ACAAUGCAUCCAAGCCAUCGCUAUUCGUAACAAUACUAUCGAUUUCAAGGACGGCCCAAUGUGCGAAGUUAUGAAUUGCUCCUCGAUUCUCCGUCCAAAAAAAUAGCGAUGGAAGAUUCCAAUCACAUACAAACGUGCAGGCGCGAGUUGAACAAAAAGGCGUAAAAAAAUUAUGGAUAUGGCUUCUCACCUGCGUGUACUUAAUGACAGGAUUUGGAUUCGCCAUUAUUUCACCAAAAACUCGAUAUUAUUCGCGCCGAUAAAAAUUUUUAUUAUCUGUCGUGCUCGCUCCACUCGACUCUCUGACAAUGAAUCGACGGUUACACACCCAGCUGUCUAUAUAUACAUGCCUCGCCGGCCGGUUGCCAUACGCACCAGAGAGGGGGAUUAAAUCACAAGUGGCUUCUAUCUCCUGCGAUAGACGAUAAAUGCGAGAAGGUGGUUCUCCACCCUCAACUUUCAAACGAACUGCAGAACAGCAGUGUUAGCGCGCAGGCGCAGUGGAACCAGCAGUUCACAUCACUCCAGUGGAGACCACCUUUUACGAGGGAAUCCAACCCCGCCGGUGUAACAAUUAGAGUAAUUUUUGUCCCCUGAAUUAAUCGAGGAGAGGACUGAUAAUGUCACCUGCAGCUGAACCAAUGCUGAAGGAGAAGGUUGAAAAGCCGUCCCGAGGUAUCAAUGCUGUUCUACUUGGACCACCGGGGAGUGGAAAGGGAACGCAGGCUCCCUGGCUGAAAGAAAAGUACUGCGUGUGCCACCUGUCCACGGGUGACAUGCUGCGUGCCGAGGUGGAGGGUGGUUCAAAGUUGGGUGCCGAGCUGAAGAAGAUAAUGGACCAGGGUCAGCUGGUCAGUGACGAUCUCGUCGUCGAGAUGAUCGACAAGAACCUGGACAAGCCGGAGUGCAAGCGAGGCUUCCUCCUGGACGGUUUCCCCAGGAGUGUCCCCCAGGCGGAGAAGCUCGACGGCCUCCUGGCCAAGAGAAAACAGAAGCUGGACGCUGUGAUCGAGUUCGGAAUUGACGACAACUUGCUCGUGAAGAGGAUCACAGGGCGUCUGAUUCACUUGCCAAGUGGCAGGUCUUACCACGAGGAGUUUGCACCCCCCAAGGUCCCCAUGAAGGACGACGUCACUGGUGAACCCCUCAGCAGGAGGUCUGAUGACAAUGCCACUGCCCUGAAGAAGCGUCUUGCCACCUAUCACAGCCAGACACAGCCCCUUGUCGAUUACUACGCCAUCCAGGGGGUCCACAACUACGUCAAUGCUGCCAAGUCCAGUGAGCAAGUGUUCAAGGACAUCGACGCCAUCUUCAUGAAGGCCAUCAAGCAGGACGAGCAGAAGAAGGGAUUCUUCAGCAGGUUUUUUUGAGGUUCCAGCACCUCGAGUGUUAUCUUUCAGAAUAUUUUUCUCGGGGGCAAUGGGCGAUUUAGGUGUUACAGUUCUAGAUGUUGCAGUUACAUUAUUGUAAUUGUAAUGCUGACGUAUGCAAGAUUCCAGUUGUCUUAGGGGACUAGCUUCAAUUUUAAUGGGCGCAUUGGGGAGUAGGGAGGGCUGUUGUUACACGCACGAAAAAAUUUCGGAGAAAGAACUAGCGAAUCCGGUGGGUCAUUCUUGGCUACUUCAUUUGGGUGCUCCUAGUGAAAUUUUUUAUAGAAAAUGUUUUAUAUAAAAAAGUCAAUUGAAGUCGAUUUUUGUAUUCAAGUUGGUCUGUUGAAAUGCUUUCUGUAGAAUUUCCUAGACUCAAAUUUUCCAAGUUUUUUAAAAUUACAUUUUCCGUUUUUUUCAGCAAGAA